AUGCAACAUGAUGAGAAUUUGUGUAAUAAUACGCCAAAACCACAACAGCGAAUAGAGAAUCGAGUGCUUGAAGAGAAUUCGUCGCCUCAAUUUGAAGGAAUAGGAGGACGUAUCCUUCCUCAUCCUGGUGGUUUCUCGUAUCAAGAUGUAACAAAUACUCUUCCACCGUUGAAAAAUUUUCCCGCGCAACAACCACCUUCACCCCAGCCACCUCCAACGCCACUUCAAAAGUCUCGAAAAACAUGGACAAGUGAAGACGACAAUUUGCUUCGGUUAGCUGUCGAAAUCUAUGGAGACCACACGGACAAGUGGUCGAAAAUAGCUGCAUGUGUUCCAAACAGAACAAAUAAAAAUUGCAGGAAGCGUUGGUUUCAUUCUCUUGACCCUAGUUUGCGAAAAGGUCCGUGGACACCCGAAGAAGAUGAUCUAUUGACGAAAGGAUAUGAGCAGUAUCGUGGAAAAUGGAGUCUAAUUGCUAAAAAUAUUCCUGGACGAACUGAUGAUCAAUGUGCUAAAAGAUGGCGAGAAAGCUUGAAUCCAGAAAUUUGUAAACAACAAUGGACCGCGAAGGAAGAUGAAUUGCUGCGAAAUAAAUAUAAUGAAUUGGGUAGUAAGUGGCAAGAAAUUGCUAAAUUUUUUCCUGGUCGUCCUGGAUUACAUUGUCGUAAUAGAUGGCGAAAAAUAGAAAGAAGUCAACAAAAUAAAAAAGAUUCUUUGUCGCCGUCAGCCAAUGAAGUUUCGCAAAUGUCUGAAAUUGAGAUGAUUCCUCAAAGUUUGGACGAGGCCUCAUCAUCUUCAUUAUCGUCCUCUUCCUCGGCUACGGCUACUAAUGAUAUGACGGCUUAUAGGCAGGUCGUAGAAAACGACACAGAAUCGUUGGAAAAUUCGACCUCUCUUAUGGAUUUAAUGCCGAUGACGACGUUAAUGCAUGAUAAUGAUGUGACAAUGGAAAGUACUAAUUCAAUGUUAUCAGAAAUUUCGCCCACUUCGACAACGAUAGAGGAAACUUUAACAACUUCUACUGCCUCCAGUAAUCCUAGUAUUUCUUCCUUGCUGUCGCCAAGUGUUUCAUCGACACAAACAGCACCACAUAGCAUAUUGGAAAUCAUGGAUCCACCUCAAUUUGUUCCUUCAAUUUCUAUGGUCCAAACUACUCCGCCGCCACCCCCAACUUUUACAGAAGUUUCUUAUUCCCCGCUUGAAGAAAAUUCAGUUGUUGAUACUUCCAUGGAAAUACCGGAAAUAGAUUUCGAUCAUUCAAAAAAACCAUAUGGUUGUGGGAUCGAUGGCUGUACUUAUACUUCCAAUAAUGCAAAUGGUUUAUUCUAUCACUCAAAAUCUGUUCACCCUGAAGCUGCGAAUAUUGAUAAGCCAUUUCAAUGCGCGAUGCCCGGAUGCCACAAAAGAUAUAAAAAUAUCAAUGGACUUGAGUAUCAUCUUAAUAAUGCCAAAGGCUCAUCUGGACAUAAAAAUGACGCUACUGAAGAGGGAACUAAUAAUCAGUAUGCACCAAAACCAUAUGAAUGUAGAGUAGUUGGUUGCAAAAAAAGUUAUAAAAAUCAAAAUGGCUUAACUUAUCAUUUGGAACAUGCACAUAAUAACAUCAAUAACUCUAAUAAUAUCGAUGCGUCAAGGAAAUCUAUAAAAGUUACAAAAAAUAAUACAUCUCAAUCACUAUCAUCUAAUAACGAUAGUACACUCCGAACAUCUUCUAUUACUGGUGAUCCUACUAUUACCUUUGAAUCUCGUAAUUUGUCUGAUCAGCAUCUUGUAUCCUCUAUCAACAAUACUAUACGAAAUGAUAUCAGAUUUAUUCUCCCACGUCCUACUCGAUAG